AUGUCGUCUUCAUUUAUUGAUCUUCGUUCAGAUACAGUGACAAAACCAACAGUUGAAAUGUAUCAAGCAAUGUCUGAUGCUAAAGUUGGAGAUGAUGUUUAUGGUGAUGAUCCUACUGUAUUAGAACUACAGGAAAUGACAGCAACAUUAUUAGGAAAAGAAGCAGCUUUAUUUGUUCCAUCAGGAACAAUGGGAAAUCUUAUUUGUGUUCUCAAUCAUUGUUCAGAAUUUGGAUCAGAAAUGAUAUUAGGUGAUGAAUGUCAUAUUCACUUAUAUGAACAAGGUGGAUGUGCAACAUUAGGAAGAAUUCAUUCUCGAACAGUUCGAACACAAUCAGAUGGUACACUUCUACUUGAUGAUAUUGAACAACAAAUUCGAACAGCGAAAGAUAAUGAUCAUUUUCCCCAAACAAAACUUGUGUGCUUAGAAAAUACACAUAAUCGUAUGGGAGGAAAAGUAUUAACAGUUGAAUAUAUACAAUCUGUUGGAAUAUUAUGCCAACAAUAUGGAUUAAAAUUGCAUAUGGAUGGUGCCAGAUUAAUGAAUGCAGCUGUUCAAUUGGAUAUUCAGCCAGCUAGAUUAGUUGAAUGUUGUGAUUCGAUUUCAUUUUGCUUAUCAAAAGGUUUGGCAGCACCAGUUGGAUCACUUGUUGUUGGCACACAUGAUUUUAUUCGACGAGCAAAACGUUUGAGAAAAGUAUUGGGUGGAGGAAUGAGGCAAGUCGGAGUUUUAGCUGCAGCUGGAAUUAUUUCAUUAACAAAAAUGCCAAAAUUAUUAGAAUUAGAUCAUCAACAUGCGAAAUUACUUGCUCAAGGAUUAUCUACAAUUCAUGGUUGUGAAAUCAAUCCUGAAAGCGAUGUACAAACAAAUAUUGUAGUUUUUCAAUUAAAUCCUAAUAAGAUUAAUAUAGAUGCACCAACAUUUGCAACUAUUUUAAAAAACGAACACCAAAUAUUAGUUACAGUUCAAGGCAAAUUUAGAUGUCGAUUCGUUGUACAUUAUAUGAUUUCAGAAGAGAAUAUUGAAUAUGUCUCACAAAAAGUUAAACAAGUUUUAGAAAAUAAUAAAAAAUAA